GUUGUUUACGUCAAUGUGGUAAUAUCAGACAAACAGCCGGGGGAGGAAGAUAGCUGUAUACCGACCACCCUAAGCAAUCACGACAAGAGGUGCGGUGACAAAAAAGCCAGUUAAUGAUUGACAGAGAGGGGCCGACCUGACGGAAGGGCCCGAGGGUUGAACGUCAGCAAUCGCGAGCGUGCAUCAUCUCCACAGCGGGACUCCUGCGUUUCCAGAGACUCAACUGUGCCCUGCUGGUCGCGCUAACAAACCGAGAGGCUGGAGACAAAUUACUGACUGGGGGAUGGUUUUAGAUGGGAUCCAUGUAGACUACAUUUCGCCUGUCGCAUCCGGCCGAUGAGUAGCACUUAGGGGAGCUUUCAGCAGUAUCUCUUUUUUCCCCGAGGAGGCGUGUGUAGGUGUUUCCAAGAUUAGACGUUAGACAAGAACACGUUUUCCGAAGACCCCCGGAAGCAGCACAAUCGUUUGAACAGCGCCGUCUUUGGAAGCCCAGACCAGUCAGGAGCCUAAGUCGUCAGAACGGGCACGAUGCAGAGACUACUGCCGUGGGUCCUACUGCUGGCGAUACUCCUGUCCUCAUCAGACAUGGGCAGGGCGCAGGCCCCCUGGUACAGGCCCGGCUGCCAUCUUGUUGGAGUUGAUAAGACCGUGGAGGUGCCUGGGUGCCAGAGACAGACAGUCCGAGUGAACGCCUGUAGAGGCUACUGUGAGUCCAUAGCCUUCCCGUCCUCUGGCACCACACGGCAGGGCUCCAGUGGGAACCACGUCAUCACGUCCAGAGCAACCUGCUGCGACAUCGCCUCCACACACGUGGUGAACUUCUCGCUGCGCUGCGGAAAUCUGCUGGUCCCCAAAACCCUGUACUCGGCAGCCAGCUGCUCCUGUAGCAUCUGCGACGAUAACCAGUGACGUCAUAGAUGACCAGCAACAAGAAGAACCUUGCAGAAGCUUGUAGUCUUCAUGGUCAGAAGAUACUAUUUUCACGACUCGUUUCAAAGAUUUAUUAAUCGCUUAAAAUAUUGGCUCACAAAGUGUGAGUUACAGAAAAUGUUCUAGUGUUAUUCAAACGGCAAUUACAUGACGCAACAGAAUUAAUACAAGAGCCGUACAGGCCAUUUUGUUGGUUGGCAACUACAAUGAGGAAAUGCCUAUUCCGAUGAUGAGGCGUGUCGCCCUUGGGAUGUAAAGUGGUAGGGAUUGAAAGGAGGACAGUUGCAGAAACUUCGUCCAGAGCCCAUACAGGAAAUAAAGACUAUACGGAGAAAUG